AUGAGAAUCCUGCGAUGUAUACCCGUCUUGACAAAGGCAUGUUUGGUGAUCUUUUUGGUGACAUUCAUCUAUCUGCGGCUAUGGUCAAUACCCAAACGUGUUUCAACAGUCGCCAUUGCUAAUAGUAAGCACGACCAUGGAAGCGAACCCCACGGCUUUGACACUCUUAUGCAAGAUGAGGUAAACUGUCAAGCAGACCAUAAACAUCUUCUUAAUAUCAAGAAGAAGUACGAGCUUAACACUUUUACCUAUGCGAAGCGACUUGUGCGUUUUAAUCGGAAGAAUGUUCAGAGGAAGGGCAUGACCAUCCUUCCCCAGCGGCUCUUCACGGCCGGUUUCCAGUUCAUAGAUGCGAAUUCUCAAGUAGAGUCGAGCAUUCCUGGUUGCUCUCCGCCGAUCCAAGCCCCGGUAUCAUCUUCCGCUUUCCCACAGGGCGCUGAUGCUUCUGAGUUCAUGUUCGGCGUCUCCACUACCUACGAGCGCUUCACGGAGUGGUCCACUGCCUUUCUUGACGACUGGACGUAUUGGCUGACAGAUGGUGCCGGGAAGUCCAAUGGAGGAAAAAUGGUUCUUGCGAUCUUAAAUGCGGAUGAAGGACAGCUCACUGACGCCAGGUCUCUCCUCACCAAAACGGGUGUUGAUGUCGAUGUCAUAGCAGCCAACGCGUCGUUGCCAAUGGCUACAAGAUAUCUCUCCCUCAUCCCUACGAUGCAUACCCACCCCGAUGCUGGAAAAAAGAAAUGGCUCGUGCUGUGCGAUGAUGAUACUUUUUUCCCCAGCAUGAACGCGUUGAAGGAGAGACUCGAAGAGUACGACCACAAGAGAGAGCUGUACAUCGGCGCCUUAUCAGAAGAUGCGGUUGCAGUUCAGAGGCACGGGUCACAAGCAUUCGGUGGCGCCGGAGUAUUCCUAUCGCCAUCAAUAGCCUCGAGGGUAGCUAGCGCUUUCCAAAAUUGCACUUCCGAGGCGGAACUCGUCAAGGCCGACUGGCAAGGGGACCGACUCCUGCACCAGUGCAUUCAGGAACACUCGGACAUCAGUUUGACAAUAUUACCUGGCCUCUGGCAGCUAGAUGUAUCUGGGGACCCAGCAGGCUUUUAUGAAUGGGGGACCAAACCCUUGUCCCUUCAUCACUACCGCAGCUGGUAUUAUGCCACUCCCAAUCUUUAUUCUAAGAUCGCUUACGUCUGCGGUGAGGACUGUACGCUUCAGAGAUUUCAAACUGCAGACGAUUACAUCAUAACGGGAUACUCCAUUGCUCACUACCCGGUGGGUAUUUCAUUUAAUACGGAAGCCAUAGAAGCUACUUUUCGGGUCUCUGACGAAAGUGGGUGGAACUUUGCCUGCAAGUUCGGUGCUCUGAGGAAAUCGCUCACGGGCACAGGAAGGAAAAUAUCCUGGGAGCUCAAAGAAUCCAUAAUUCAGAAGGAUGGAUGCUUGCUACAGACAUAUAUCCGAAAGGGAAACGACACCCGGUGGGUAAAUACGGACAUCGGGGCCGCGGCUAGUCAUGACAGCGUGAUAGAGUUGGUUUGGGGCCCUGGUGGAACAAGACCUAUAAAUUAA